AUUUUUCGGUUCUCAGCAAAAGCUGUGCUCAUUCUUUAGAAAUAACAGAUAUAUCACCUUACAUAUUUUAUUCUGCAUUCUCAUACUAUAUCGUAGAGGAAAUCCUUUUAAGACAUUUAUAUCUUGGUUUGUGUCAAAGGGCUAUAAUUCCUAGUAACUACAUCCUACUUCAGGGUUUCCAUGUAUAUUCAUAUACAUAUUUAGUUGCUUGGACUGGGGAGUUGAGGUGCUUUACAAUUUUCCAACGUAAUACUUUAAACGUGGGGGCUUGAUGUACUAACCAGAGGGCUCAGUAUGUGGCAUAUUUCAGUCUGACAACAUUAAUAUCAUUUAGAGCAUUAGCUAUGCCAGUGACUGCAGGAACUUGCAACCUUUAUUUGAUAAAACAAAGCUUUUCCACAUUUAAGGUGCUUAUUGACUAAUGCAAGUACAUUUUGUGAAAUCCACUAAUAAGGCAUUAUGUCUUCAACAUGCGUUACUGACCAGCGUGAACAUUGCUAUCUCCCACACGAUGGUCACAUUUUUCUUUCUUAGAUUCUAUCUAGAGAAUGUACACUUGAGUAAUUAUAAUGGAGAUAUUUUUUUCCCCGCAAGCUUAUCUUUUAGUUGCUGAUGUUAUUCAAUUAUUUCUCCUUCGCUUGUAAAUUUCAGGUCUCUUUUCCUUUCCUCAGUCACGUUAUCUUUAUUAAUAUGCUAAUAUGCUGUAACAAUGCAUUUUACACCACUAAUGAAGUGAAGCAAAGCAAAACGUAAAAAGAAAGUACAAAUUCUGGCUUAAACUUUACCCGGUUCCGGGGCGGGGGUGGGGGUGAGAGAGGAGGAAGAGAGUAGGAAGGAAGGACAUUCGGGCGGCAAAAAAAUAAAAAUGAUCCCCUUGUUUUCAGCGCGUUCUAGAACAGAGCUGCACGUCAGAGGAAGAACUGAGCAGCCUUCGAGCUAAAACACUUGGCAUUAAACUUUGACACUUCAAUGGUCUCUAGAAUAUUAGGUAAUAGUUUUUCAUAUAAUGUUCUUCUCCGAUACGGUAAUGGCAUCAAAACAGAUCGGCUAUGCCUGCAACGUGCACGGUGAGACUUAUCCCCGCAGAGAUAAGACAGCAGGACCCCAGCCUCGCAGUUAACUUAUCCCGAAGCUCCAAAGCAAACGUCUUUUACUUCUUCGCCGGGGACGCUGCUGUGCCACCGCUGCCUCCCUUUCGCAUUCUGCUGGGCUCCGUCAGCCGCUGAGAUUAGAAAGUAUUAUGAGGGAGGCCGAGGACUUCAUGCUCCGGACAGAGAAACGGCUCUGGGAUUAGGGAUUGCCACUUCCGAGAGGAUGCUGGGAAUCUGCAGGGGGAGACGGAAAUUCUUGGCUGCCUCGUUGAGUCUUCUCUGCAUCCCAGCCAUCACCUGGAUUUACCUGUUUUCUGGGAGCUUCGAAGAUGGAAAGCCCGUGUCUCUGUCUCCGCUGGAGUCCCAGGCGCACAGCCCCAGGUACACAGCCUCCAGCCAGCGGGAGCGUGAGAGCCUGGAGGUGCGCAUGCGCGAGGUGGAGGAGGAGAACCGCGCCCUCCGCAGGCAGCUCAGCCUGGCCCAGGGCCGAGCCCCAGCCCAUCGCCGAGGCAAUCACUCCAAGACCUACUCCAUGGAGGAGGGCACUGGAGACAGCGAGAACCUUCGGGCUGGCAUCGUGGCAGGCAACAGCUCCGAGUGUGGGCAGCAGCCGGUCGUGGAGAAAUGCGAGACAAUCCACGUUGCUAUUGUCUGCGCCGGAUACAAUGCCAGCCGGGAUGUCGUCACCCUGGUCAAAUCCGUCCUAUUCCAUAGACGGAACCCUCUGCACUUCCACCUUAUUGCCGACUCCAUUGCGGAGCAGAUCCUGGCCACGCUCUUCCAGACCUGGAUGGUGCCCGCCGUGCGUGUGGACUUCUACAAUGCAGACGAGCUCAAGUCUGAAGUUUCCUGGAUCCCCAAUAAACAUUACUCUGGGAUUUAUGGUCUGAUGAAGCUUGUGCUGACCAAGACUCUUCCUGCCAACCUGGAGAGAGUCAUCGUCCUUGACACGGAUAUCACCUUUGCCACCGACAUUGCGGAGCUGUGGGCUGUGUUCCACAAGUUCAAAGGUCAGCAAGUCCUGGGCUUGGUGGAGAACCAGAGUGACUGGUACCUUGGAAACCUGUGGAAAAAUCACCGCCCAUGGCCAGCCCUUGGAAGGGGCUACAACACAGGGGUGAUCCUGUUACUUCUGGAUAAGCUGCGGAAGAUGAAAUGGGAGCAGAUGUGGAGGCUGACCGCAGAGAGGGAGCUCAUGGGCAUGCUGUCUACAUCCUUAGCUGACCAGGAUAUUUUCAAUGCCGUCAUCAAACAAAACCCCUUCCUUGUGUACCAGCUCCCCUGCUUCUGGAAUGUGCAGCUGUCGGACCACACCCGCUCCGAGCAGUGUUACAGAGACGUGUCUGAUCUAAAGGUCAUUCACUGGAACUCCCCCAAGAAGCUCCGGGUGAAGAACAAGCACGUGGAGUUUUUUCGCAACCUCUACCUGACUUUCCUGGAGUAUGACGGCAAUCUUCUGAGGCGGGAACUGUUUGGCUGCCCCAGUGAGGCUGAUGUCAACAGUGAAAACCUCCAGAAGCAGCUGUCUGAGCUGGACGAGGACGACCUGUGCUAUGAGUUCCGGCGAGAGCGCUUCACUGUCCACCGCACCCACCUGUACUUCCUGCACUACGAGUACGAGCCUGCGGCAGACAGCACGGACGUCACCCUGGUCGCUCAGCUGUCCAUGGACAGGCUCCAGAUGCUGGAGGCCAUCUGCAAGCACUGGGAGGGGCCCAUCAGCCUGGCCCUCUACCUGUCAGACGCCGAGGCCCAGCAGUUCCUCCGCUACGCUCAGGGCUCCGAGGUGCUUAUGAGCCGCCACAACGUGGGCUACCACAUCGUGUACAAGGAGGGCCAGUUCUACCCUGUGAACCUGCUGCGCAACGUGGCCAUGAAGCACAUCAGCACUCCCUACAUGUUCCUGUCUGACAUUGACUUCCUGCCCAUGUAUGGGCUCUAUGAGUACCUCAGGAAGUCUGUCAUCCAGCUCGACCUUGCCAACACCAAGAAAGCAAUGAUCGUCCCCGCAUUCGAGACGCUGCGCUACCGGCUCUCCUUCCCCAAGUCGAAGGCGGAGUUGCUGUCAAUGCUGGACAUGGGGACCCUCUUCACAUUCAGGUACCACGUCUGGACGAAAGGCCACGCACCCACAAACUUCGCCAAGUGGCGGACCGCCACCACGCCUUACCGGGUGGAGUGGGAGGCCGAUUUUGAGCCGUAUGUUGUCGUGAGACGCGACUGCCCGGAGUACGACCGGAGGUUUGUAGGCUUCGGCUGGAACAAAGUGGCGCAUAUCAUGGAACUGGAUGUGCAGGAGUAUGAAUUCAUUGUGCUGCCUAACGCCUACAUGAUCCACAUGCCCCAUGCCCCCAGCUUCGACAUUACCAAGUUCCGUUCCAACAAGCAAUACCGCAUCUGUCUCAAAACCCUCAAGGAAGAGUUUCAGCAGGACAUGUCCCGCCGCUAUGGCUUUGCUGCCCUGAAAUAUCUCACAGCCGAGAACAACAGCUAGCACCAAGACGCCCACCACUAGGGGGAGACAUGCUGCAGGGGAAGUGCCACUCGCUGUUUGGGGCCCAGCCUUCAAAUUCAAAAUUGAGCCAUGCUUUUUUGGUUUGUUUUUAUUUAUCUCUUUGGCCCAGCCAAGCUGCCCUCACUACAGAGAACUUGCACAAGGAUCCAGCCAGUCUGUCUCUGCCCCACAACCCUGCAUUCCCAGAGGUUAGAUAUGCAGCCCACCUAGAUGAGUCUCUUCAAGAAUGGGAAAUCAAGGGGUGAGAGGAAGUAAAAGGAUUUUCAUCUUACUGCAAAGCCACAAGAUCAAGGCAGGGCUUUAGGAUGUUCUGGUUGCUUUUUAAUAAUUAUACUUCGCAUCAUAACUAGGGAGAAAGGGAAGUCAGGGUGCUAGGGGUUAUUCGUCCCAGGAAAUAGAAGCGAAAGUGUCUUUGUUUAGUGGAAACUUUCCCCUUUGCCCUGCAAUGUAGCUGGGCAUUCAAACGGAGGGGAAACCAAUGACCUGAACCAACCACAUGGAAAAACCCAAUGGGGACAUCGUAGCCAGGGGGUCCUGGAGGUGAGGUCAAUGGGUUUCCUUAUCCCCAAAGUCACUCCUGUUUUGUUUUUAUUUGUUUUUCUUUGGGGAUUUUGUUUGUUUAUUUUGGGGACUGGCAAUCCAAAACAGAAAAUCUGAUCCUUUGAGGCUCUGCAGGAAAAUCAGCUGCCUCUACCAAUCACCCUCUAUCAGCAGUGGCCCGGGAAGGAGAUCAACCAUCUUCGGCCAAUAUUGAAACAUGGGCAGCUUCCUUCAGGAUGAUCACCGAGGCUCCCGUGACUUUGAACUCCCUACUGUCCAGAAUCCAGGGGCCACGAUGGGGACUGCGGAAUUACGAGGGCUGACUGUUUUACACCGGUCACAUUUUCUAUUGGCAGUGACUGAUUCAUGGGAAAGGGCUUUGAAGGAACUAUUUCAGUGCACACGCAAGGUACGAACCUCUCAGGCCUUUAGAAGAACUUUAAUAACUCAUGCAAGCCCAGUUCUGAAGAUCGACGUAUCCAUCUAGAGACCUACAGGAAGAACGCGAUUGGGUUCCUCUGGUUCUUGCCUGCUUCACUGUGGAUGGGAAGAGGUGACAACCUCAGUCUCCCUUUGGGACCUGGCCAAGGGUAGGCAACCACCUUCACCUUCACACAGAUUGAGGAGACACUGGACUUUUUACCCAUUUUCUUUAAUCUUCAAUAUUAAUAUUGUGUUUACAUUGAUGAGAACGAGAGUUAAUGCCCUACCCUCUGCUGGGCUGUUUGUAUUGAGUUGCAAUGUGACCAGCGAAAGCUGCAUUUAAUAAAUGAAAGUACAGACUGUU